CAGCUAUAUAAGCCUUUAAGUUUCAUACGCUUUUACACCAUCUAAAGACUUUCGGUUUCUCUCUGUAUAAUUCCAUUCUUGUAAAUGAUAAUACACUUAAGUAAGAUAGCUUAAAAUUAAGUAUAUUAUCUCGACUCCCCUCCCGUUUCUUUUUCUAUUGAUACAUUGAGUAGCAUUUGCAAACACGUGAGAUGAACUUCUGAUAAACCUGUAUACGUAUUCUCACGUAUUAUAUCAUAUCUGACAAGAAAAUUUUGAAGAAAUACACGAUCGGAAAGAUAAGAGGCGCGUUGUCUACGUAUCGUUUGCGCAACCUUCGCGGAAUUUUUAAUUGCCGCGACGUCCCAUAUAUUUAGCGAGCUUCCGACCUCGCCGAACAGUACGUUCAAUGCAUGAUGACAACUCGGAUGGUCGCUGCAGCUCCAUUGUGCAUCUAGGCGUCCGCCGAUACCGCACCCGAAGAUCGUUGAUCUUCAGCCCGUCAAUUCGAGAGUUAUGCCACGCAACAAUACUCAGCGAAUGUUUCGUCUCCACAAGCACCGAAGAAUCAAGAAGAUUUGCUCGAUUAAAUAAUAGUAAAUUUAAAGAGAGGGAAAACGCGCACUUAGAAACAAAUUCAAAUAGGUGACUGAAAGGAAAUAAUUUGGUCAAGAAGACAUAUGAAUUAACGUUUCUACUACACGCAGAUAAUUCUCGAAGGGUAUUUACAAUUACUGAAAAAUUUUGCUCUUUGAAAAAUCUGUUCCAUAAUACGGAACAAAAACGAAUUUAUUACAAAACUUGUAUAUAAUUCUGUAUAAAUGGGCGUUCUGCGUCAACUACUGUUUGGUAAAUAUCUGUUAGUUACCAACACUGUGAGCUGUGGCCUGAUGAUGGCAGCGGGAGAUGUGAUCCAACAGCGCAGCGAGUAUUGGAAGAAGCAUUGUCACAAAUAUUUUCCAGGCAGCGUCAUGGCAGCGUCACCGGAAGAUGAAAAGGUGACGGCGAUUUCCAGCAGUCCAUCUGUAUACGGACACGACUACAUGCGGACCAGGAACAUGACGGUCGUGGGACUGCUUCAAGGUCCGUUUCAUCAUUGGUUCUACACAAUCCUAGAAAAGGUUUUUCCAGGCAGAAACGCAAAGUCUGUUCUAAAAAAGACAUUUCUCGACCAAUCGAUCGCGAGUCCCACGUGCCUGACGAUAUUUUUCGUCGGUCUCGGAAUCCUGGAGAGUCGUAAAGUCGAGGAGAUCAGCAAGGAACUAAAGCUGAAGUUCUGCGAAACGUGGAAAGUCGACUGUUGUUUUUGGCCUCCUAUGCAAUGCAUUAAUUUCCUCUUUGUGCCCCUGCAUUAUCGGGUACUCUAUACGAAUGCUCUGACGAUGGUCUAUGACAUUUUUCUAUCAUAUAUAAAAUAUGACGCUCACUUCGAGUGAUAGAAAUCUCAUGGCUAGUCCGAACAAAAGAUAUGACUGUACGAGUAUAAUUAAUUGUUAAGCAAGCAUUGUAUAUAUAUGUUUAUUAUUAAUUAAUAUACGCAACAAUGUGCAAUAAAAUGCUAUCGAAAACAA